UUUCACUUUCAAUUCAGAAGAAGAAGGGAGAAAAAAUCCAUAAAAGAUUUUUGAUGACAAACAAAUCAAAUCAAAACCCAUCACAAAAAAAAGGAAAAAGGAUUCAUCCUUUUUCUUCUUCUUCUUCUUCUUCUUCUUCUUCUUCUCUGAAACUCAAACACUUUGCUGCAAAUGCUUCAAUCUCUCCUUUCCCUUUCUUCUCCUUCCCCUCUCUCUCUCCCUCCCUUCCAUAACCCAUCUUGUUCCCCACUCCUCCAAAAAUCCACUUUUUUCUCCCCUUUAUUUCCCCAUUCCAAUGUCCAUCUUCGCCCAUUAUUAGCUCUACCUCGAGAAGAACCUGUCACUACCCCCAUAGCUGAAGAAAAAGAACAAGAAGAAGAGGUUCCAAUUGAGUUACCUACAUCUUAUUCUUCCUUUUCUUCUUCUUCUCCUCUCCAAACUGCCACCACCGUUUUGCUCUCCGGUGCCAUUGCUGCCUUCUUGUUUCGAUCCAUUAGACGCCGUGCUAAGCGUGCUAAAGAGUUUAGACUGAGGUCGAAAUCAUUGAAGGAAAAGUCAUUGAAUAGGUUGAAAGCAAUGGGAUCUGCUUCGAUUAAAAACAAAAAAUUAUCCACACCAUCACCUGUUGAUGCAUUGUUGGGAAGCUUAAUUGCUGGUGUUAUUGCUGUUUUUCUGUAUAAGUUCACUACUACUAUAGAGGCUGCUCUUAAUCGCCAAACAGUCUCUGAUAAUUUCUCGGUUCGUCAGAUAACAAUAACUAUCAGGACUAUUGUGAAUGGAUUGUGCUACCUUGCAACAUUUGUUUAUGGCUUCAAUUCUCUUGGCUUAUUCCUUUAUUCUGGUCAACUUGCCUUAAAUCCAAUCAUGGAAGGUUCCAUGAUUAGUGAAAAUAAGAAUAAAGAUGAAGAGAAUGUAGGGUCAGUAAGUUCAGUGAAACAAAAUGCUAUAGAAGGGAGUGAAUUGAGCAGUAGCAGGGAGAGGGAGGAUUAGAGUCGAAAUGAUGAACAAGAAUGACAAUGUAUAUUUUCAUAUAUGGUUUAUUCAUGUUUUACUAGUUUUUUAUAGUGUUCAAAAUUACUAGAUCUAAAUAUAAUCAAUUGUAAAGUACAGGACAUAGGCUUUUGUAUUGUAAACCCAUUUACACAGCAGAAAAUAUUCACAAUAUUUAUUGUAAUUAUGCAAUAGACGGUCCAUUGUUACAA